CAUCAGUGCAGUCUCGUGCAUCCGCAGCGUAACUACUACCGCCACCAGCCCAGUGUUGUGUUCAGAGUUUUCCAAACAACUUCGGAAUGGCUUCGAUGAUCUCCCUGCUUGCCGUUGGGCUGAUGGUGAUCGGUGCGUGCGUCGACGCCCAGCAAUACCAUCUGGGGUCCCGCCGGCUUCAGGAUCGCCCGAAUCUGCUCCGUUCGCACGCCGACGGCGACGGUUACAGCCGGAACGAUCUCUACACCAACCAACAGCAGCAGCAGCAGCGAUAUGGCGAUCGCCAUCAGCACCACAACCUGCAGGACGAGCAGGACCGUCGCGGGGACUACGAUCACGAGGACUACAGCUACGGGUAUGCCGUGCGUGACGAGCACUCGGGUGACAUCAAGAGCCAGCAGGAGGUGCGCCACGGUGAUCGCGUUCGGGGCCAGUACCGGACGCUCGAGUCGGACGGCACCGAGCGGAUCGUGGACUACACGGCCGACGAUCACCGUGGCUUCAAUGCGGUCGUCCGCCACCAGCCGUCGGUCGGUACGCGCGCUCAGCUGGUCCACACCCUGCAGCCGGCCGUGCUGCUGCGAAACCCGACCGUCGGCCAGCUGAUCGCCAGUGGCCAGAGCCAACCGCUGUUCAACGCCAACCCGAACGCCGCCCGAGGUCCGACCGCUUCCGUGCUGCUGCACCAGUGAGGGCGCGUGAAGCCCCGGUCUUGGUCAAUCGGUUGAAGGACAUCACCCGCGAAUAAACCAUGUUACACCACCAGUCGGUUCAAUAUACCCGGAAUACGACCCCCAAAAC